AAACGCAAUGGAGAAUGCUGCAGAUUCUAUGGCUCGGGGUGACAUAACAGUUCAGGAAUUGUUGUGGGGGCAGAAACUGUCCAAGAGCCUUUUGCGAGAUAGAAUGAAUUUGAUUGUUGCAAGUGACGUGGUGGGAUGUGGAGAUGAGGCGCUUUUCCCUCCCUUGCUGAAAACUCUACGACAGCUUUGCAGUCCGGAGACAACUAUUCUCAUGGCGUACAAGCCGAGGGCUAGAUUCGAACGGAUGUUCUUCGACAGUGUUCUGGAGAGCUUUUGUGUUUCGAGGGUAUGGAACAGAUUGUUGCCUAGUGACUGCUACACGGAAACGUUUUCAGCACCUGUUGAUGUUUUCGAGAUUCGAUUACGAACUGAAAAAAGUUCAAGAGAAGAAGGAGCAAACUUCGAUUUCAGAACUUCGUAUCCAGAUGCCAUCUUCGAAGAAUGAUCUUUGUGCCGAAAUUUGAAGUUGCCGUUUCCAAAUAAUGUGAUUGCGAUCUGGAGUCUUCAGCCAGCCCCUGAUUGCAAGACAGCAACACUUGACGUGGAUGAAAUCGAAGCUUUGUUAAGUCUUGGUGAAAAACAAAUGCGAGAAGGCACAGGAGCAUAUGAAGUAACGACGUUGCUUUAUGCCCCGUAUACACAGUAUUGAACCCUCCAAUUAUACUUACGAG